AAAAACUUGUUUAUUAUGAAUAGACUUCAAGGCAGUGAUGGACGAGAAGUAUUUCGGACAAUACCAGUGCUUCAAGUGCUUGAGGACCUGGUUCUCAGCCCAUUCGUGGCUGGGUUUUGGCCAAAAGUGUCGCAAAUGUCAUAUAUCUACCGACGCCCACAAACUCAGACUUCUGGAGAGACCUCAAGGGAUGGAUAAGAAGAAUGACAAACGCAAGGGUCACGAGUCAUCCCUGUGCUCCCGGUGCCGGAAACUGGGCUAUAAUUGUAGCAAAACGCGUUGGGGCUACCCGGGUUAUCCCAACCACUACUACGAGAAUAUACAAUGCGUUUGGACUAUAAGUGUCGCCCGGAAUCGGAAUAUAUUCUUGAGUUUCGAUGACUUCGAGACCGAAAUAAACAGCGAUUUCCUCGAAGUGUUUGACUGUCCGACUGAUGGCUCAUGCGAUCAAUUAAAUGCUAAUUUCACGGGAAAUACGAUUCCGGCAAAUGUCUCAUCAGUUAAUAGCAGACUGUCCCUCAAGUUUACAUCGGAUCACAACGGCAUUAGAAAGGGCUUUAAAAUCUCGUAUAAAACUAAACAAUUGGGCGAUUGCGGCGGAAACCACACGAAACCAAACGGCGAGAUAACUGUGAAAACAAUGAAUAGUGAAUGCGUUUGGAGUAUAACUGUGGCUAACAAUCGGAGUAUUGUGUUCACUGUAAAGGAGUUGUAUUUAAGUCGAGGUUUUCUCACUGUUUAUGACGGAAACAGCGAUAAAAGCACUUCAAUCGCACAAUUAAGAGGCAAUUUGUCCAAUAAACCGGGACAUAUAGUCUCAUCGGGCAAUCAGGUGCUAUUGAAACUGGAUCAAACAGCGGUUGGCAGCUUUUUGUUAAGUUACGAGACUGUGCAACAUGGUUGCGGUGGUAUCUUAAAUGACAAUAUAAUUCCAAGUUACAUAUACAGUCCAGGUUACCCUGAUCACUAUUACGAGGGCAUGAACUGUGUGUGGAAUAUACAGACAUCUUAUGUCAAGAAUAUAUUCCUAAUGUUCAAUGAUUUACAACUGGAGGAUAACCACGACUUUUUACUCGUAUAUGAGGGAAAUGUUAAACAAUGUGAACAACUGCCCAGUAACUUUAAUCCUUGUAAAUUGGUUGCCAAUUAUACCGGUGAUACCAUUCCCGCUAAUAUGCUAAUCACCGAUAAAGAGGUGUCCAUAAGACUCAUUACGGACCACAAUAACGUUAAGCGAGGUUUUAAUAUCACGUUUGAGACCGAGGACAUGGGUGAGUAA